CCAAUAUUACCGGAUAUUGAGGUAUUAAUGGGCGAAUUUGUGCGUGGUUGGCGACCGUGCCUGUCAAAUCAAUAAUGAAUCAUUAGCACAAAAUGCAACAAUUCCACAAAAACAACAACAAUGUCUGAGCCCAGCGUUAACGACACCAGCGAGACUGAGAGCCUUGAGGACGAAAUCGAGCCAAAACUCAAAUACGUGCGCUUAUCUAACGACUUGCAGAACAUCCUGUUGACGUCCUCGGCCACCUGCAUCGGCGUGCACCCCAAGUUCGUGUGUCUGGGCUCCCAUUGGGGCGUGAUCCACCUGCUGGACCACCAAGGCAACAGUAUCAAGAGCAAGGAGCUGCGCCCCCAUACGGUGGCCGUUAACCAGAUUUGCAUCGACGGCAGUGGCGAGUACAUCGCGACGUGUUCGGAUGAUGGCAAGGUUUUCAUCCAUGGACUUUUUUCAAAGGAGAAUAGUUUGCAUUUGAAUGUGGGCAGAUUGGUGAAGACGGUGGCUUUGGACCCGCUGUAUUACAAAAAUGGGGCCAAUCGGCGGUUUAUCACAGGGGAUGAUAAGUUGACGCUGUAUGAGCGCACGUUUUUGGGGAGUCUUAAACCGACUGUCUUGUGCGAGAGCGAGGGGCUUGUGAGGAGUCUUUGUUGGGGGGAGAAUUUUAUUGCCUGGUCGAGUAAUAUAGGGGUGAGGGUGUAUGAUAUCACGGCGAGGUGCUCGCUGGGGUUGAUCAAGUGGGAGGAGCACCCGGGAAUUUCAAUCGAUAAAUUUCGGUGCAAUUUACGAUGGGCCGAUAGUCGGACCCUAUUAAUUGGGUGGGUGGACACGGUACGAGUUUGUGUGAUACGGAAACGAAGCAAUUUUGAAAUGGCCAAUCGGGACUUACCCGAAUUUUUAGUCGACCCUGUUUCAACUUUCCAAACCGAAUUUUACAUUUGUGGAAUUGCGCCGCUCGACCACCAAUUAGUUUUACUCGGUUUCCCGAAAGAAUUAGACGAAAAUCAAAAAUCGUUACGUCCCCAACUGUACAUAGUCGAAUAUCGGGACAACGACUAUUCCGAUGUUUGCACCGAUAGUUUAUCACUUCGUGGUUACGAAGAAUACACAGUUAACGAUUACCACUUGGAUGUUUUAAUUGAAGAAAAUCGCUUCUUUAUUGUUGCGCCACGAGAUGUCGUUAUAGCAAGUCCCUAUGAUCUAGACGACAGGAUCCAGUGGUUCAUCCAACACAAUAAAUUUGAGGAGGCUUUGGAUAUUUUAAUGCAAAGUGACAGCCGCCAUAUUCACCGACACACCGUUCAGUCGGUUGGCAUUGACUAUCUAGAUCACUUAUUAAGUCGGGAAAUGUACGACGAAGCUGGAAAAUUGUGCAUGAAAAUCUUCGGUAAGGACUCAAACACGUGGGAAGACCAAAUUUAUAAGUUUGCAACCGUGCAUCAAUUACGAUCUGUCAGUCCCUACAUUCCACGCACGCUUGAUUCGAAACUAAACCCGCAUAUUUACGAAAUGAUUUUGUACGAAUUUUUGAAACUAGAUGCGCAAGGUUUUCUGAACUUGGUUAAGGAAUGGAACCCGAGUUUGUACAACGUUUCGGCUGUGAUUAACGCCGUCUUGGAGCAUCUUCUAGUGUGUGAAGUUGAUAAGAAUCUAUAUUUGGAAGCUUUGGCGAUUUUGUACAGUUUUUUGAAGCGUUACGACAAAAGCUUGUCCAUGUAUUUGAAGUUAAAGCACAAAGACGUGUUCACACUGAUCCAAAAACACAAUUUGUACGGUGUGAUCCAGGACAUGCUCAUUGACCUUAUGGAGCUUGACCAUAAGAAAACUAUUGCACUUUUAUUAGAGAAAAACUCAAUUUCGAGCGAUAAAAUCGUAGAGAAGCUCAAACCGACUGAAUUACAUUUAUACAGGUUUUUAGACGAGUAUGAUAAGAAAAAUCCUAAGGGGAAGUACCACCGUGAGUUGGUACGCCUGUAUGCCAUUUUCGCGCGCGAAAAGUUGCUCCCGUUUUUGAAAAAAUCCGACCAUUAUCCAAUCCAGGAAGCUCUGGAUAUUUGCAAGAAGGAGAGGUUUUAUCCCGAAAUGGUUUAUUUGUUGGGACGGAUGGGCAACAUCGAAGAAGCCCUUGACUUGAUAAUAAACGAGUUGAAAGACAUGCAACAGGCGAUUUCGUUUUGUCAGGAACAUGACGAUCCCGAUUUGUGGAAUGACUUGAUUAAUCAUUCGUUGGACAAACCUGAAUUUAUUAAAUUUCUCUUGCAAAGUAUCGGAACGUAUGUGGAUCCGACCGUUUUAGUACAAAAAAUUAGGAAUGGGAUGGAAGUGCCCGGUUUAAAAAAUUCACUAGUUAAAAUGUUGUAUCAGUAUAAUUUACAAGUGUCUGUACAGGAAGGGUGUAAGAAAAUUCUAGUCUCGGAUUAUUUUAAUCUAUUACGGAAGCUCGUCAAGACGCAACAGAAAGGUAUUGGCGUGUCGGAAGAACUAAUGUGUGGCGCUUGUCACCACAUGGUGCUCGAAAAGGACCCAUCCAGGUGUACCAACAUAACAGUUUUCAAUUGCAAGCACGCCUUCCACGAACAAUGCCUCCCUGAAAACACCACUCGAUGCGGCAUCUGCUAUCCAUCCGAUAAAUAAAACAACGCGUCUGCAAGUCCCGAUCGACCCACGCCGUGAUCCUGGAGCCCCCAUUGUGUCCACAAAAGUCCAACUGCGAGGACAAAUGGACAAGAAACUUGGGAACUAAAAAAUCGCCUUUGGUUUUCUUCUUCUGGUACUUGAGCGGUCCACCGCGCGCUUCUUGAACAUCAAGACUCAACGCCCCCACAGGAGUAGGAUACAGCGAGUUCGGCUCGAACGUACUUACCAAUAAAUUCUCAUUAAACAUGAUAUUUUUAAAAACGUUAUCGUCUGCAACAAGGCCGCUUUUUACAAUAUUUUUAUAAUCACGUCAUUGUUUUUUGUAACCAUACGUAAUAACAAAACUUACUGAUACUGAAA